AUGGCGCAACCAUACAGCCAACAGCUGGCCCUCGAGGCACUGGAUAACAUCACCAAAGAUCUGAGAGCGAAAGCCACCGACGAAACUAGGAAACAUGCCGCCCAAAGAUUACGCGAGCUCGUUGCAAGCACCUGCCGAGAUCAACCAAGUGAUACCUUCACAGUUUUCUACAAUCAAGUCAACAGCAAGAUCACUAGUCUUGUCCACAGCAACAUAUCCGCCGACCGCCUCGGUGGUGUUUAUGCCAUGGACGCAUUAGCUGACUUUGACGGCGUAGAUGUCACACUCAAGUAUACGCGGUUUACUAACAACCUGAAAGGUAUCCUGCGAGGACAGGACAUAUUACCCAUGCAGCCAGCAGCCGUAGCACUCGGAAAGCUUUGUAGACCAGGUGGCUCCCUCAUCUCGGAGUUGGUCGAAUCUGAAGUUAAGACUUCGUUGGAGUGGCUUCAGUCAGAACGUGUCGAGGAGAAGAGAUAUAGUGCUGUUCUUGUCCUGCGCGAGCUCGCUCGAAAUGCCCCUACCCUCAUGUACUCCUAUGUCAGUCUCAUUUUCGACCUCAUCUGGGUUGGCCUCCGAGACUCAAGGCAGCUCAUCCGCGUCACGUCCGGCGAGACAGUUAGCGCCUGCUUCCGCAUCAUUCGCGAGCGAGACCAAGAGAUGAAGCAGGCGUGGAUGACCAAGAUGUACACCGAGCUCAUUGUCGGGCUUCGGAUCAACACGGUCGAGUCCAUUCAUGGUUCGCUCCUUGUGCUCAAGGAGCUCUUGGAGCAGGGCGGCAUGUUCAUGCAGGAGCACUACGGGGAUGCCUGCGAGAUCGUCUUUCGACACAAGGACCAUAAAGACCCCAUCAUCAGAAAGACUGUCGUCCUUCUCAUCCCCAACCUGGCCAACUAUGCUCCCGCCGAGUUCGCACACUCCUAUCUACACAAGUUCAUGCUCUAUCUAUCCGGCAUGCUGAAGAAAGCAAAGGAGCGCAACGAUGCUUUCUUGGCUAUCGGAAACAUUGCGAAUUCCGUUAAGAGCGCUAUCGCUCCCUAUCUGGAUGGUGUCCUGAUAUACGUUAGAGAAGGUCUCAGUAUCCAAUCCAGACGACAGGGAUCUGUAGACCCGGUCUUCGACUGUAUCAGCAGGCUGGCAGUUGCUGUGGGCCAAACCCUCAGCAAAUACAUGGAGGCUCUGCUGGAUCCCAUCUUCGCUUGCGAGCUCACGCCCAAGCUCACACAAGCUUUGGUAGACAUGGCCUUCUACAUUCCUCCAGUCAAGGCAACCAUUCAAGAGAGACUACUCGACAUGCUUAGCAAAGUCCUUUGCGGCGAGCCUUUCAAGCCCCUCGGUGCGCCUACGCCAAACACACUCUCGUCAGUCCCCAUCAUCCCCAAGGACACCAAGGAUCCGCACGCCUAUGAGCAUCGCAAGGCCGAAAUCAAACUUGCUCUCAACACUCUUGGUAGCUUUGACUUUUCGGGCCAUGUUCUCAACGAGUUCGUCCGUGAUGUCGCUAUCAAAUACGUCGAAGACGACGACCCCCAAAUUCGAGAAGCUGCAGCACUUACCUGCUGCCAGCUAUACGUCCGCGACCCCAUUGUCAAUCAGACUAGUUAUCAUGCAUUACAAGUGGUCGGCGAUGUAAUAGAGAAACUUCUUACUGUUGGUGUGGCUGAUCCAGAGGCGGAUAUUCGACGUACUGUUCUUGCAGCACUCGACGAGCGGUUCGACCAUCAUCUCUCCAAGGCGGAGAACAUUCGAACUCUCUUCUUCGCUCUGAAUGACGAGGACUUUUCCAUUCGCGAAGUCUCCAUCUCCAUCAUUGGUCGUUUGGCUCGACACAAUCCCGCUUAUGUGAUUCCAUCACUAAGGAAGACCUUGAUUCAGAUGUUGACCGAGCUCGAGUACACCGACGUGGCACGUAACAAGGAGGAAAGCGCGAAACUCCUAAGCCUACUCGUUCAGAACGCUCAAUCAUUGAUCAAACCUUACGUCGAGCCGAUCAUGGCUGUCCUUUUGCCUAAAGCGCGAGACCCGAGCUCAGCGGUGGCGGCUACUAUCCUCAAGGCUAUUGGCGAGCUCUGCACGGUUGGUGGCGAAGCCAUGCUCAAGCACAAGGACGAACUGAUGCCGAUCAUCAUUGACGCACUUCAGGAUCAGAGUUCAACACCAAAACGUCUUGCCGCGCUACAUACUCUGGGCCAGCUCGCAAGCAACAGCGGUUACGUCAUUGACCCCUACCUUGAUUUCCCUCAGUUACUCGAGCUGUUGCAGAAUAUCAUCCGUGCUGAGCCACAACGAGGGCCUUUACGCCAAGAGACCAUCAAGCUCAUGGGUAUACUAGGCGCCCUUGAUCCAUAUAGGCAUCAACAGGUUGAGGAGAAGACACCCGACGCCGCCAAGAAUACAGAGUCGUCGCGCAUGACCGAUAUCUCACUGAUGAUGACUGGCCUCACCCCAUCCAACAAGGAAUAUUAUCCUACCGUCUCUAUCAAUGCGCUCCUGAACAUUCUGAAAGACCAGUCACUCCAGCCGCAUCACGCUAGUGUCAUCGAGGCAAUCAUGGCAAUCUUCCGAACUCUGGGUCUGGAAUGUGUUUCCUUCUUGGAUCGCAUUAUACCUGCCUUCCUUCAAGUGAUCAAGACAUCGCCCCUCAACAGAUUGGAGUCGUACUUCAACCAGCUUGCCACUCUAGUCAGCAUAGUAAGACAGCACAUCCGCAACUUCCUCCCAGAGAUUGUAGAGACCUUGCGCGAAUACUGGGGAAGAGCAUCUGGUUCUUUGCAAUCCACGAUACUGUCGCUGGUGGAGGCUAUCUCCAGAUCGCUCGAGGGAGAGUUCAAGGUUUACUUGGCAGGGCUUCUACCAAUGAUGCUUAGUGUUCUCGACAAAGAUGCAUCGACCAAGAGGAUACCGUCUGAAAAGGUCCUGCAUGCUUUCUUGGUCUUCGGUGCCAGUGCAGAGGAGUACAUGCACCUGAUCGUUCCCGUCAUUGUUCAGACAUUUGAGAAGCCUGGACAACCUACUUUCCUAAGAAAGUCAGCAAUCGAGACUAUUGGCAAGAUCUCUAGACAGGUUAACCUUAAUGACUAUGCUGCCAAGAUCAUACACCCACUUGCCCGUAUUCUAUCGACUAGUGGAGAGUCAUCCCUACGCCUGGCUGCUCUGGAUACUCUGUGUGCUCUUAUUCAACAACUUGGCAAGGACUAUCUCCAUUUUAUGGGUACUGUCAACAAAGUUCUCCAGGUCUACCCUAUCCAGCACCAAAACUACGAUCUGCUUACCAGCAAACUACAGAAGGGCGAGGUGUUGCCGCAGGAUCUUAGUUCUCAGACUGGGUUCAUCGACCAGGCGGACGAACCGUCAUUCGCCGAGAUUGGCGGUAAGAAGCUUGAGAUGAACGCUAUUCAUUUAAAGAGCGCUUGGGACACCAAGGGUAAAUCAACUAAAGAAGAUUGGCAAGAGUGGCUCCGGCGAUUCAGCACAACAUUGCUCACAGAAUCACCCAACCAUGCUCUUCGUGCUUGCGCAGUACUUGCGAGUGUCUAUCUUCCCCUGGCUCGUGAGCUCUUCAACUCUGCCUUCGUGUCUUGCUGGAGCGAGCUUUACGAACAGUUCCAAGAUGAACUCAUACAAAACAUCGAGAAUGCCAUCCGGUCCGAGAACGUUCCUCCUGAUUUGCUGGGUUUGCUUCUGAACCUGGCAGAGUUCAUGGAGCAUGACGACAAAGCUUUGCCAAUUGACAUUCGGGUGUUGGGACGGGAAGCCGCGCGUUGCCAUGCUUACGCGAAAGCUCUUCAUUACAAGGAGCUCGAGUUCUUGCAGGACCAAAGCGGACCCGCGGUAGAGGCGCUGAUCGUCAUCAACAACCAGCUCCAACAGUACGAUGCUGCUAUUGGUAUCCUGCGUAAGGCCCAACUGUACAAAGAUGGCAUUCAGCUCCGAGAGACUUGGUUCGAGAAGUUGGAGAGAUGGGAUGAGGCUCUCGCCUUUUACACCAAGAGGGAGAAAGAGGUACCGCCCGAUCAAGCCGUGCCAAUCGAUAUUGUCAUGGGUAAGAUGCGAUGUCUCCACGCUCUCGGAGAAUGGGAUUCUCUCGCCAAUAUCGCAGGAAAUGCUUGGUCAAACUCCGCUCCGGAGAUACAGCGUCGCAUAGCAGGCCUCGCCACUGCGGCAGCGUGGGGACAAGGCAAAUGGGACUCCAUGGAUAAGUACCUGCAGUCCAUGAAACACCAUUCUCCGGACCGCACCUUCUUCGGAGCAAUCCUUGCACUGCACAGGAAUCAGUUCCAAAAGGCUGCGGACUGCAUCCAACAGACUAGGGAGGGCCUCGAUACUGAAUUGAGUGCGCUCGUUAGCGAAUCCUAUAACCGAGCUUACCAGGUCGUUGUUAGAGUUCAAAUGCUUGCUGAGCUCGAAGAACUCAUCGUAUACAAACAAGCAGACAACGACAAGAAGGAUACCAUACGCCGUACAUGGGAGGCUCGCCUCAAGGGGUGUCAACGCAACGUUGAGGUAUGGCAGCGUAUGCUUAGACUGCGUAAUCUUGUCAUCACUCCCCAAGAAAACAUGAACAUGUGGAUCAAGUUCGCGAAUCUUUGCAGGAAGUCCAACAGGAUGGGCUUGGCCGAGAAAUCUCUCAAGCAACUUAUCGGCAUUGAGCAGCCGCUCGAGGCUAUUCUGCCGUACUGGGACGAGGCCGAAAAUGGACUGAUCAGACAACCUGGCAGAAUGCAGGCCAAUCAUGGCAUCCCUCCCCAGGUCAUUUAUGCCGUCUUGAAGUAUCAAUGGGAAGUUGGUCAGCAACAGCCUAUCGUGACCAGCGGUCCUUUGCUGUCGAAGACUCUUCUCUGCCUCCGCCAGUUUACUGAGGAUACCGCGUUGGCUUUCGAGAUGAACAGGACAAACAUCGCCGCCGAGAUGCCUAACAUGCAGCACGGACAAAAUCUAGACAUGCACCUCGCCAUGAACUCUCGCAAAGCUCCUCAGCACGCUCUCGAAGCUCUGAAGGAGCAGACCGAGUUGCUUGCCAAAUGCUACCUGCGUCAAGGCGAAUGGCAAAUUGCCCUAAACAAGAACGCAUGGCAGUACAACAAUGUCCAGGACAUUUUGGCGGCGUACUCACAAGCCACUAAGUAUAGCCCUCAGUCGUACAAAGCGUGGCAUGCCUGGGCUCUGGCCAACUUCGAGAUUGUUCAGGCUCUUACAGCGUCACAAACCGACCGUGCCACCCCUCGUCCUGACGCUGCUGUCAUCAUCAACCACGUUGUUCCUGCCGUUCAAGGUUUCUUCAAGUCGAUUGCGCUAUCUUCAGGUAGUUCUUUACAAGACACACUCCGACUGCUCACUCUUUGGUUCGCUCAUGGCGGCAGCAACGAAGUCAAUAGCGCCGUCGUCCAAGGUUUCGCCACAGUCAGCGUUGAUACGUGGCUCGAAGUGAUCCCACAGCUGAUUGCUAGAAUCAACCAGCGAAACGCUCGGGUGCGGCAAUCAAUUCAUAACCUACUUGCUGAUGUUGGACGUAACCAUCCCCAAGCCCUUGUUUACCCGCUUACUGUGGCCAUGAAGUCGGCACAAAGUAGCCGCCGAUCGCAGUCGGCUGCUCUCAUCAUGGACAGCAUGCGCGCACACAGUCCCAAGUUGGUUGAGCAAGCCGACAUUGUCAGCCACGAGCUAAUACGGGUUGCCGUACUGUGGCACGAGCAAUGGCACGAGGGUCUAGAAGAGGCAUCCCGUCUUUACUUCGGUGACCACAACAUCCAAGGCAUGUUUGCCACCCUAGGACCGCUUCACGACCAGCUCGAGGCAGGACCAGAGACUCUCAGAGAGGUCAGUUUCGCCCAGACGUUCGGCCGUGAUCUGGCAGAGGCCCGUGACUGGUGUCGCCAAUAUGAGCAGAGCCAGGAUGUCAACGAUCUCAACCAGGCAUGGGACCUGUACUACCAAGUCUUCCGGAGGAUCGGCCGCCAGCUUCCCCAGAUGACAUCACUUGAGCUCACCUAUUGUUCUCCCAAGCUGCAAGGUGCCAAGGAUCUUGACUUGGCGGUCCCUGGUACUUACAAGAGUGGCGCACCAGUGGUCCGCAUCAUUGGCUUUGAUUCCACCUUCAGUGUCAUCAACUCGAAGCAACGGCCGAGAAAGUUGAACAUCACCGGCAGCGACGGCACAUCAUACGCUUUCCUCCUCAAGGGCCAUGAGGAUAUCCGCCAGGACGAGCGAUGUAUGCAGUUGUUCGGUCUCUGUAACACGCUUUUGGCAAACGACUCGGAAUGUUACAAGCGUCACCUCGGCAUUCAACGCUACCCAGCAAUCCCUCUGAGCCAGAAUUCCGGUCUACUUGGCUGGGUGCCUAACAGCGAUACCCUUCACGUUCUGAUCAGGGAAUACCGAGAGAGCAGAAAGAUUCUGUUAAACAUCGAGCACCGUAUCAUGUUGCAGAUGGCACCAGAUUACGACAACCUGACUCUCAUGCAGAAGGUUGAGGUGUUCGGUUAUGCGCUUGACAACACCACCGGUCAAGAUCUGUAUCGAGUUCUCUGGCUCAAGAGCAAAUCGUCGGAAGCUUGGCUUGAGCGACGUACCAACUACACCCGAUCCUUGGGUGUCAUGAGCAUAGUGGGUUACAUCCUUGGUCUUGGAGAUCGUCACCCCAGCAACUUGAUGCUUGACCGUAUUACGGGCAAAAUCAUCCAUAUUGAUUUCGGUGAUUGCUUCGAAGUUGCGUGCAAGCGUGACAAGUAUCCUGAGCAGGUUCCUUUCCGUCUUACUCGGAUGCUUACAUACGCCAUGGAAGUUAGCAACAUUGAAGGCAGCUUCCGGAUCACUUGUGAACAUGUUAUGCGUGUACUGCGUGAGAACAAGGAGAGCGUUAUGGCCGUUCUCGAAGCUUUCAUUCACGAUCCACUCCUGACAUGGCGUCUCACUAAAACUGCGUCGCCAGCUGGGCCCAAUUUCGAGACCGACAAUAGCCAUGCCCCUCGUGCACGUCGGCCCUCUAUUCUCGACGCUGAGCACCCUCCUUCUCAGCACCUCGCCGCCCAGCAAACGACGAUGGGCAGCUCAGUUACGGCGGGCGGUCCUCCUCGAGCACGUGCUCGUACCAACUCUAGUGUGAUGCCCAAUGGCGUCGAGGGACCGAUAGAGGCCGAGGCACAGAAUGCUCGGGCCCUGGAGGUUCUAGACAGGGUUUCCCAGAAGCUUCAUGGUCGCGACUUCAAGCCUGGCGAGGAGCUCGAUGUCAACACCCAAGUCAACAAGCUAAUUAUGGAGGCAACCAGGCUGGAGAACUUGUGCCAGCACUACAUUGGUUGGUGUUCUUUCUGGUGA